UUCAAAAGUGAUGAUGUUAGACGCUACAACAUGAUGGCAACAAGAAGAAUGAAAAGUCCAAGGUGCCAACCACACGCAAAUCCUCUGUCUCCCUUGCCUCUUCCACUCCAACUCUCAAAACACACACAAAAACAAAAGACUUAUAACUCUAUUUCUUGCAGAAGAAAUUGCAGAAGAAAUAGAGAGAAAAGCUUAGAAUACGAGCAAACAUAACAAAAAAGCUUUAAAAAAAAUAAACAGUCCAAGACUGCAAUUUCGGCCACAACAUCAAUUUUUUUGAAGUUUUAUUAAUCACAACCACAAUUGUUGUGGUAUCAGCCGUAUUUGUCUAUAGUAAUUUUCUUGAAUAUCAAGGAUCGUGACGAAACCACGAACUUAACCACAACUACAUUUUAAAGCCUUGAUAACAAGUAACAUGGCUUCCAAAUAUGAUAACAAGUACAACAAUCCAUCAUUUGUUGUUGUUAUCUUCACAGUGGCCACCCUAUUGUGUUUUUUCUCCCACUCAGCACUAUCUGAUCCAAGAAUCUCAGAAGUGGGGCACUACUGCAGCACACAGAAGUCACCAACAAGUGGUGAUUACUUCCCCAUAUUCACCAAAGAAAUGGAAAAACUUCAAGAAGUUGUGACAAAACAAAACUGGGGAACUCACUCUGAGGGCAUGUCAUCAACCACUCCUAUCUAUGGCUUGGCACAAUGCUUCCAAGACCUUUCCAGCGUUGAUUGCCUUCAGUGCUUUGCAUCCAGCCGCACCAAGCUCCCUCGCUGCCUCCCUUCGGUUUCGGCUCGAAUUUACCUUGAUGGCUGCUUCCUUCGCUAUGACAACUACAGUUUCUACACUGAGGACACUGACCCUUUGAGGGACACAGUGAACUGCACCUCACAGUAUGGUGCUGUGGUUGGUGAUGGUGAGAAGUUGGUGUUUGCUGAGAGUGUUGCCAAAGUGGUUGAGAGUGUGGUGAGGGUGGCUGUGAAUGAGGGAAGAGGCAUUUUUGCAGUGGGAGAAGGUGGGGGAGUUUAUGCCUUGGCACAGUGCUGGAAAACUGUUGGGGUAAAAGGGUGUAGUGAUUGCUUAAGGAAAGCUGAAAAUGAAGUUAAAGGGUGUUUGCCUAAGAGGGAAGGGAGGGCCUUGAAUACUGGGUGUUAUUUGAGAUAUUCAACUGUUAAGUUCUACAAUCAAGGAGGUGAAGAUGGCCAAGGAGAUGAUUCUUCCAGAAAACGAGCCAUCGUAGCAGCAGGGUCAGUCUUGGCUGCAGCUGUUGUAGUGCUCACUCUCGCGGCCUCUUAUGUGGCCUUCACCAAAAAGAGAAAAAAAAACAAUUUUAUCGAGGUUCCUCCUUCCUUAAAGAAUUCUAGCUUGAAUUACAAAUAUGAAACUCUUGAGAAGGCCACAGAUUAUUUCAGCUCUUCAAGAAAAAUAGGCCAAGGAGGAGCUGGUUCUGUAUACAAAGGGACUUUGCCAAAUGGGAAUGAUGUUGCUGUUAAGAGAUUGGUCUUCAAUAAUAGGCAAUGGGUGGAUGAUUUCUUCAAUGAAGUGAAUUUGAUUAGUGGAAUGCAACACAAGAACCUUGUCAAACUAUUGGGCUGUAGCAUUGAAGGCCCUGAGAGCCUCAUUGUGUAUGAGUACCUACCUAACAAGAGCUUAGAUCAAUUCAUUUUUGAAAAGGACAUAACAAGGAUUCUUAAAUGGAAGCAGCGGUUUGAAAUAAUUCUUGGAACUGCAGAAGGACUUGCAUAUCUUCAUGGAGGCUCUGAAAUAAGAAUCAUUCAUCGAGACAUAAAAAGUAGCAAUGUUCUUCUGGAUGAGAAUCUCAACCCCAAGAUUGCAGAUUUUGGUCUUGCCCGGUGUUUCGGUACUGAUAAAACGCAUCUAAGCACUGGAAUUGCUGGAACAUUAGGUUACAUGGCUCCUGAGUAUCUCAUUCAAGGACAACUUACAGAUAAAGCAGAUGUCUAUAGUUUUGGAGUACUUGUUCUGGAGAUUGCAAGUGGCAGGAAGAAUAAUGUCUUCCGUGAGGAUUCUGGUUCCCUUUUGCAAACAGUUUGGAAACUUUACCAAUCAAACAGAUUGGGUGAAGCUGUUGAUCCUGGCUUGGGAGAAGAUUUUCCUGCAAGAGAAGCAUCAAGGGUGUUUCAAAUUGGAUUGCUAUGCACACAAGCUUCUGCUUCCCUGAGGCCAUCCAUGACUCAAGUUGUUAGCAUCUUAAGUAAUUCAAAUUUGGAUGUCCCUAUACCAAAACAACCUCCAUUUUUGAACUCUAGAUUGCUAGAUCAAGCAUCUCCAUUAGGUUUUAGCAUAGGCAGCUCCUCAUCAAACACAUUUAAGAAGACUGGUGUGUCCUACAGCCCCUCUGAGUUCUCUAGCACAUGCAGCUUAAUUGGGCCAACAAGAAAUGAAGAAACAAUUAUGGAAGCUUGAUUCCCAAUAAUUCCAUGUUUUUGGGAGGUCCCCCCAACCAACCAACCAAAAAAAAGGAUAGGGCAUCUUACAUUUUAUCUUGAAAUCAGUUGGCGUUAAAUGAAGUGUUACUCAUCAAUACUUAAACCUCAUUCUAGUAAUUGAGAUAGACAAUAUUAAACUUUUCAACACUAAUUGAGACAAGUGAUAUGAGAUUUUUCAAGAGAGUAGAUAAGUUCACAUACGAGACAUUGAGUACAUAAUUUAACUAAGAUUUUUUGCAUGUACAUCUGGUAUGUAAACACUUGUAAAAUUUCAGAUUUUGGUAAAUCUAGAUUCAAAACAUUAAAUUAA